AUGGUGAAGCUAUUGAAAUUCAAGGUGACUAGGGUAGUCUCACCGAAAGAUCGCCCCGCCCGAGCGCAAGUCCCUGCCGCUGAUGACGAACUGCCUCAACGCCUCGUCGACUUCAAGCGCAAGGUUGAGACUGGCGAGGUCGCUCCGUUGACGAGCUUCUACCUCAGCAACGACAAAUUCACCCGUUCUCAAGCCAAGAUCGAAGGGAAUUUUCGGAGAUUUGAUUGCGACUCUCGACGUCAACGUAUCACGUUUCGCAUGCCUUCACCGACCCAUGAGACCUUUACUCAGUCCCUCGUAUCGGCGAUUCAUGUGAAACUGUUCCUGCAGGGCUGUCAAAGUCAACAAGUCCACGACUUUAUCGCCAAGAUCAAUACAGUGGGAUCUGCCAAAGUUGUUCUCCACCAUGACGAUAACGCCCCUGGAUCACACCGCCAGCCUGAUGCCCAGUUCCCUUAUAAAGGCAGCGAGUCCACUGUUUCUGUCUGGAAGCCUAGAUUGCUACAGAAAGAGAGUAGCGAUGUUAGUCUCAAGAUUGAGCAGGCUGUUCAGUCACAGCCCUUCCGAUCGGCAGAUGGAAGUCCCAUCAAUCAGACUCUUGCAUUGGACCUGUCUCUUCACGACUUUGCACCUGAUCAACUCUGUCAAGACUGUCCUGACCUCUCUCUCUCAAUACCAUACUCCAAGCUUUAUGAGAUGCUGAGUGAUGCUGAAGAGGUUGAGGACUCCACCACUACUGGCAUUCUCCCGAACCGUGGGGUGAAGAGAGACCGGCUGUCAUCGAGUUCCCUGGAGUCAUUGAUUUCAGAGGACAAGGAGAAGUGGCAGGUCGAAGAUCGUGCGGUAAAGGAAAAGCAGGAUGCUAAUGAUGGUGAGUACAAGGGCGCAGAUGAUGAGGCGCACCUGCCAAGCGUGCUCAAUUGGCGCGUGAGUGCAUUCGUACUUCAGUUGUGGACUCGGAUUCGGAUGGACCGGUUUGAACGAUGA